UAUACUUUACACUUAAAAAUAGUAAAAAUGGGUAUUCGUGGCCUCUCUUCUUUUAUAACCAGAUAUUCCGAUAUUUACUUAGAAGAUUUCGAAUUAAAAGAUACUUAUAUAGUCAUUGAUGGAUGUAGUCUUGCCGCACAACUUUAUCGAAAUUACACCAAAGCAAACGAUUCGUUUGGUGGCGAUUAUGAUAAAUAUCGAAAAGUUUUAAUUGAAUUCUUCACAAAUUUAGAAAAAGCAAACGUAAAAUCAAUGGUAAUUCUUGAUGGUGGUUUUGAAUAUAAAAAAUUAAGUACCUUGUACUUGCGAAUGAAAAAUCGUAUAUCCACCAUUCGUAGCCUAAAUCCAAGUAAUCAAGGCUACUAUCAAAUAAGUCCUUUAUUACAAAUGGAAGUAUUUAAAGAAGUCUUACGUGAGCUGAACGUAAAAAUGAUCUUAUGCGAUUUCGAAGCGGAUUAUCAAAUUGCAUCCGUUGCUAGAUAUAUUAAUUGUCCAGUGUUAAGUUUUGAUUCCGAUUAUUUCGUUUACGAUUGUUUAUAUAUUCCUUUAAAUACAAUCGAUAUACGAUUACAUUCUUCGAAAGGAUAUCACUACUUUCCAUGCAAAUUAUAUCGUGUGGAUACCUUUUUAAAUCAUUUUGGAGGACUAGAUAAGUCGUUGUUACCGUUACUUGCGACAUUGUUAGGUAACGAUUAUGUAAAUAAGAAAGAAUUUGAAGCGUUUUUCUCACAAUUGAAAUUGAGACAAGGCCGUGCAAUGAAUGACCAACAACGUACUAUUGCUGCAUUAUUGGAUUGGUUACGACCACAUACAUUUCAGUCAGCAAAAGAACGUGUUUUGGGGCGGGUUAAAAUGCAUUUACGACCACAAAUAUCAAAAAUUAUUGAUGAAUCAGUUGAAGGAUAUAAUUGUUCAUCGGAAUAUAUACUUGAACAUUUUGGACUAAUAAAAGAUUCACAUAAACCUGUUAACGAAAAUUAUUAUGUACUAUGCGAUUCGAGUGAUAAUAAGCUGCGAAAAUUUAAGGUUCCAAAUUGGUUUAUCGAAAAAUAUCGUGUUGGAAAAUAUCCAUCAUCAUUUAUAAAUUUGAUAACAAAACAAAUGCAAUUAUGUACGCCUCAAGUUGAGGACGUUUCAUUAAUACAUUCCCAAAAUAUAAUUAUGGAUGUUUUAAAAAUAUUAUUUGGAAUAUUAACAGCACCGAAGCGGUAUCCAUUAAUCGCGUACCUAACACGUUCUGAUCGACAUGUUGCUAAAAUAUACCGUGAAGAGUCCAUAUAUGAAAUUGAAGGAAUUUGUAAUUUCCCUCCAUUCGAGGAAUUCCCCUUAUUAGAUUGUGAAACAAAAAAGAAAAUUUUUUAUUACGCUUGUAAAUUAUUACCAACGGAUUUUGAUGUUUUAAAUGAAUUUCCUGAUGAUUGGAAAUUAAUUGUGGUAUCAAUUAUUUAUUGGAUACGCACAAUUGAGGAUUUAAAAGUGUCUAAAGAGCAUUUAUUGGCUUUUUUAUUGUGUAUAGUGUAUUUAAAAUGUGUUGAUCCUAUUGGUGGGUUUCACAGAUCUCAAGAAAUGUUUUUAAAUAAAUUUAAACAACAAAUUCCUUUAAUUAUUGAAGAAAACAAGGAAAGAAUCAUUGAAUUUAGUAAUAACGAUAAUUUAAUGACUGCUAUUAAUUCAGUAACGAAGAAUGAUGCAAUAUUAACAAUUAAUUUAUUAAUUACGUAUUUUAAAAUGAAUGAAAAAUUAUUUACAAAUCCUAAAAAUUAUUCUAUUCGAACGGUACAUUAUUAUGCUGAGUAUCAAGCUGGAUAUCGACAACUUUCGUAUUUGAAUUGUUUACUUGAUGAAGUAUUUAGUCCAACUAGUGCCGCUUACUAUUACAAUGGAACGUUUAUAUAUAAUGCUUAUACAAAUAUUUAUAAACGUAAUGAUCCCUUGUUGUACAUACAGAAUGUUUUAAAACCUUGUGGUACCAUUUUAAAUGUAUAUAAUAAAGUUGUAGAUAUGUUUCAUAAACUUACACCAAAUGUAUUUGAUAGUAAUUAA